CCCGGAAUCUCAUGAACCCUGAAGGUACUCAUCGAGUCUGGAUCUAGGGUAGACUAAUAUAUAUGGCCUACAGAAGGGAUGUACUCUUCUCUUCGCGUCUCAUUGCUUUUGAGACUCUACGUUCGAAUGCGAGCAUAAUUAUCGAACAAUAACAAAUGUCUGCAUCGCCAGUAAUGGAUCUAACAGAGGGGAACCCUCGGACAGUUCACAAUGAAAGCUCUGAUACUACUGUGGGUCUUGAAGACUCCACUGACAUUGAGAAGGUCAGCAAAGAGGAGGAGCUUCAAGGCAAAGAGAACCCUACCCUAAGACUUGAUAAACAUGGCUUGCAGUUAGUUCCGCAGCCUACAGCCUUCAAAGAUGAUCCCCUUAACUGGUCACCUGCGCUCAAACUCCUGGUGGCUCUCCAAGUCAGCUGGCUAGCCUUACUCGGGCCUAUGGGUUCUGCAGUCGUCAACCCAGCUUUCGUUCCCCUCGCGAAGAGCUUCAAGAUACCAAUUGUCCAGGCCUCGUACGAACUCACAGUGUUCAUUGUUUUUGCUGGUGUUGGACCUCUCCUUAUCACGCCCUUUUCAAACGUUUAUGGCCGCCGACCCAUCUAUCUGUUGGGAAACCUCGUUGCCGGCGUGACCAAUGUCAUUGCCGGUAACUGCACGACCUGGAAUGGACUAUUGGUGACGAGGGUCUUCAAUGGUAUUGGUACAGGCUCCUCCGUGGCUAUUGGUGCGGCUACAAUUUGCGAUUUGUAUUUCGUCCACGAGCGCGGCUUCUAUAUGGGCAUUUUCACCUUCUUCCUCACCAACGGACCCCACUUCGCGCCUCUCAUCGGCGGAUUUAUUGCACAGAACUUGAGCUGGAGAUGGUGCUUCACUAUUCCUGAUUACAUCCAGCUCGCUACAUUCGUGAUCACCCUCUUUUGCCUCCCUGAAACGAUCUACUCCCGCAAAACCGUCAACAUCGCCACCCACCGCGAACACUCAUACCUCGACCUCCUCCUCUUCAAACGCAGCGUGCUCCCGGGCCGGAAGUUGCAUCUCGCGGACUUCGGACGCUCGCUCUACAUGCUAAAAUACGUCUCGAUCGUGAUUCCUGGCCUCUACUACAUGACUUGCUUUGGAUACGGGAGCGUCCUCUUCGCGGUUACUGGGUCUCACCUGUUUUCGGAGUUUUACAACUUCGACGUCGCACAAACAGGGCUGAUGCUCUCCAUUCCGUUGCUGAUAGGCUGCCUGAUUGGGGAGGCGAAUGCCGGGUGGUUGGUUGAUUGGAUGGCGAAUAGGUAUGCAAAGAAGAAUGAUGGGCAUCGGAAGCCCGAGGUGAGGUUGGAUGCAAUUUGGUUUGCACUUCUGAUUCCUAUUGGGAUUGUGGUUGAGGGAGUGUGUCUGUCUCAGUUCAAGAAUUCAUCUUGGGUUGGCUCGGCGUUUGGGAUGGGUUUGGCUUGUUUGGGACUUCAGGUUGCCACAACGGUUAUUUACACAUAUUGCACGGAUUGCUACAAAUCUCAAAGUCCUGAAAUCUCGAGCCUUCUUAAUGUCUUUCGAUCGGUGUUCUCUAUGGUUAUAUCCUUUUACGCCAUUCCACUUGGUAGUGCAAUUAAGUAUCAGUACGCUUGGCUCGUCUUUGCGCUGAUCAAUGCAUUGCUACUUAUUCCAAUGUUUGCGUUGAAAUUCUAUGGUGAAAAGUGGAGAAGUAGUUCAUGGCAGACUCCCCCGAAGUUCCACAACGACAUUUGAAUACAAUUAUAUAGUGUCACAUAAGGUAAAUUGUAUUCAAAAUUCAUGAUUUUCACUCCGCUGAUAAUCAAGCUGAAAAAUAAUCGCUCUCUGCUCAGCGAGAUGCUUCAUUCCAUCGCCAUUAGUGACUCGGUAUUAUAUAGAAGUGCACAGUGAAAGAUCAACC